AUGGCGUCCACAAGGAUCCCCCACCAUAAACAACAGACGGCAAAGAAGAUGGACAUUGCCAUCAUUGGCGUGGGAUGUCGAUUUCCCGGGGCUUCCUGUCUCAGGGAAUUCUGGAAAGUCUUGGUGAAGGGAGAAAACCACGUAACAGACAUUCCGCCAGACAGAUGGAACAAGGACAGUUUCUAUGACCCGGAUGUAACAGCCAUGGGCAAUUAUGCAGACUUUGACAACAAACUGUUCGGUAUCAGCGAGAGCGAGGCUGCCCAGAUUGACCCCCAGCAGCGCCAGGUGUUGGAGUGCACGUACAUGGCGCUGGAGGACGCCGGCGUCACCAGACAACAUAUAGCAGGACAGAACGUCGGAGUCUACAUAGGUGCCAUGAACAGCGACUUCACCGUGAGGAUGACUGCCAACUCUCACGAGAUCGACCACUACUCUGUUGCUGGUCUCGCAGGAAGUGUGUUAGCCAAUCGUGUGUCCUACGUGUACAACCUGUCCGGACCCUCCAUGGUAGUGGACACAGCCUGUUCCUCGUCUCUGGUGGCCAUACACCAGGCAAGCCUGGCCCUCCGAGCAGGGGACUGUGAGAUGGCGCUCUGUGGGGGCGUGAACCUGCUGCUGCACCCCACAGUGUUUGUCCCCCUCAGCAAGGCCCGGAUGCUGUCCCCCAGUGGCCAGUGCCACGCCUUCUCCUCUAACGCAGACGGGUACACGAGGGGAGAGGGGUGUGGGAUCGUCCUCCUCAAACCACUAGCACAGGCACUUCAUGAUGGUGACAACAUUUGGGCGACGAUAUCUACUGGUGUAAACCAAGAUGGUCGAGCGGCCCAGCCCAUCACAGCGCCAUCUGGUAGCCAGCAGCUUCAGCUGCUCCAAGACCUCUACAGGGCGCAUGAUGUUGACCCUUACGCCGUCGAAUACAUUGAGGCCCACGGUACUGGCACCAAACUAGGCGACCCUAUCGAGGUCAACGCGUUUGGAGAAUUCUUUACCUCUGAUGGGAAUCCAAGAACACGUUACCUGGGUUCUGUAAAGACCAACAUCGGCCACCUGGAACCAGCAGCAGGGGUGGCUGGUCUUAUCAAGGUCCUGCUAAUGAUGAAACACAACACAGUCGUACCAUCUCUUCACUUCGACAAGCCAAACGAACAUAUAGACUUUGAAAAGUUUCGGUUUAUCAUUCCACAAGAACCUUCACAAUGGACAUCAGUUGCGAAAGUAGCUUGCCUCAAUUCAUUUGGUUUUGGCGGAACUAAUAGUCAUGCAGUUUUACAUAGUUACAAUAAACCACCACGUGCCAGCAGGCCCAUCUUGGGGGCUUCACAUAUUGUAUGUUUUUCAGGCAGCACCUCAGAGUCACUGAAGAAAAGUCUUGAGAACUUUCUUUCUUGUGAUGAUCUCACAGACGAUGACCUGCCAGCAUUGUCCUACACAUCGACAGUCAGAAGGGAACAUUUCCCGCAUAGAAAGGCAUUUGUUGUGAAGACUAUUAGUGACUUGAAACAGCAAGCACAAAUAAUACUGAAGAGCAGAGACGUCCUUGACAUUAACGCAAGCAAGUUGAAGAUCAUCUUCGUCUUUUGUGGGAUGGGCACUGCUUGGCCAGGUAUGUGUGAUGGCUUCAUGAAAAACAACAAAACUUUCAGCAAAACAAUCAACAUGAUUAAUGCGUCUUUGCAAAGAUUCGUCUCCUGGUCAUUGACAGAGAGGCUCAGAAACGGUUAUGACGUACAAGAACCUCAUUUCGGCCCAAUCGCCAUAUUUGCUUGUCAGGUCGCUCUUGCCAAACAGUGGGAGUCCUGGGGAGUAAGCCCAGCCGCUGUUGUCGGUCAGUCAGUAGGGGAGGUGGCUGCAGCACACGUUGCUGGUAUCCUGUCACUGGAUGAAGCUGUGAGGGUCAUCUUUCACAGGACACGAAUCCUGGCUGAAGCCACAGGAGGUAAGAUGGUUCUUGUCAGAAACCUUAAGACAGAGAAGGUACAAGACAUUUGUGAAGAAGUUGCAAGCGUGAAUAUUGCAAUUCGUUACAGCCCUGUGUCGUGUACAGUUAGUGGUGACUCUGCUGCCGUGGAUGAGGUGAAGUCACGUCUUCAGUUGUCUCACAGUGAUCUUAUGAUGACUGAUCUCCCUGUCAGUGCCGCAUACCACAGCCACCACAUGGACCGAUGCAAGCUGCAGUUAGACAACAUACUUGCAGACCUGAAACCCUUACCAGCGAGAAUACCUAUGAUGUCAACAGCUGCUUCUCACUCCACAGAGGAAGAUGUCACAUCAUCUGAAUACUGGGGUACGAAUGUUCGAAAUCCUGUUCAGUUUGCUUCAGGAAUACAAAAUUCUACCUCUGACAAUCAUCUCAAUGCAUUUAUAGAAAUUGGUCCAAAGCCAGUAUUGAAAGCUCACAUGGGUGACAUUUUUCAGGAAAGUACAUCAUCGUGCAUAUGCCUUCCUUCCUUGACAGUCAAGUUUAGAGAAAAGACGAUCCUGGGGACCCUCUCCGAGCUGUACCAGAUGGCCAUGAACAUAAACUGGCAGGAGCUGUUUAACCACACAGAACCCCCAACACCAGUCCCGAGUUAUGCCUUCUUUCACAAGCACCUAAUGAUCUUGCCUCCUAUUACAGAGGAAGAAGUGUUUGGAUCUAAUGGAAACUCUGGAAGUCAUCUCUUUGUAAAACUGUCACCUUCCACAGCCAAGUGCAUACUGAACAUCAGACCAUCUACCUUUGGAACUGUCUAUGAACACAAGGUCAAGGACAUUAUUGUCGUCCCAGGAGCAACCUAUGUGGAAGCGGGGUUUGGAAUCGCAAGAUCAAUGAAUAUUGCUGAUGUUAGACAUCUAGUGGUAUCUGUCAGCUUUCUGAAUCCAGUAACUCUGAAAAAAGACAUGUCUGUUCAAUUGGAUGCUGAUAUUGAGGAUCAAAGCCAAACUACAAAUGACUGCACCAAAGAAUUCACCAUCCAAAGUACAGGUGAUGUCAUUGCAAAGGGGAGAAUAUGGGCGUGUCACGGUGAACUUCAAGAGGAACGGAUGGACAUAGAGGCCAUAGAGGAGAGAUGUACCCAAACAAUCACCGGCGAAGAAGUGUAUCAAAUUCUGCAAUAUUCUGGAUUUACAUAUGGAACUAACUUUGCAACCAUACAAUAUGCAUCAAGGGGGAAAUCUGAGAGUCUCACAAGCUUAGCAGUCGGACAAAAGCUGAGAGAGGAGAUGACCAACACUGUUAUUCAUCCUGCAAUACUCGAUGGAAUGCUGCAGUCGGCAGCUGCAUUCGACAUGCAAGAAAGGGAAUUUCUCCCAGUCGAGCUCAAGAAUAAAUACAAAACAGUGGAGAAAAUGUUGCAAGUGGCUGUCUCAGUGAAGCUGUCAAAGGUUUCAUCAGGUGUGUCUUAA